GCGCCCGUAACGGCGGCACGGUAGCCAGCGGAGGCAGAAGGCCACCAGAGCGAGACGCUUGGGCCAUGGGACAGCUUGUCCGGAACGAAGCUAACGAUUCCCACCUCCCCGUACUGCCCAACGCCUGCCGCAGCCGGGGCUCCGCCCCAUCCCCGGAGCCGUCAUCUCUGGCCCGGGAGCCGCCGGGACCGUCAUGCACUCUCUCGCGCUCCGUAAGCGGAGGCUUCUGCCCCCAACAAAGAUGGCUGCCUACUCUGUCCUACUCUGCCCUUCGGCCGGCGUCGAAUGCCAGACUUUCACUUUCGGGUCACUGUUGACGGGGAUGGCGGCGAUUCCGAAGACUGUGGGGCUGGUCAAGCUAGGUAAGCAGGUGAGACAAGACCGGAGGGGGUCCAGGAAGACUGGGGCAGCCCCAAUUAGAUCUGUUUUCAGUAGGAUUUUGUGCUUCACGCGAUGGGCAGAGGGCUUCAGCUCACCUACCCCGAGGCCCCCAGACGCGCCGCCGCCUUCCUUUCCUAUAGACUGUCCUCUGCGGCCCGGCUGCCCGCUGGGGGUCGCUGCUGUCCCCAAACUCUGCAAGGAAUUCGGUCUCUUGGAUCGGGCAGACGAGGACAUAGUGGAUAUUUUUCGACGGCUUGUGGAGAAUGAUCCCCAGGGCCUGCGUCGGAUCCGUGUGGGUGGGAGCGGCAGGCAGCUGCAGCUGUGGCACCGUGGUGGGGAAUUCCCUCCGGACCAUUUCUGUUAUGAGGGGGAAACUACUGGACAGAAUGACAAGGCCAAGGAGGCUGAGAGACUGGGCACCUACUGUGGUCUCCAAAAGUCCUUCCUAUACCCUCCACGAGGGUCUAAGCCCUGCCCUCAAAGCCCUUCUGCCUCAGCAUCCUGCCUCAGUGACUCAGACAACCUGCUUCAGGUGGCCAUGCCGCAGAAGCUCCUGCUGACUGAAGAGGAAGCCAACCGCCUGGCUGAGGAGCUGGUGUCUGAGCAGGAGCGCAUGAAACAGAAAGCAGAGAAGAAACGACUCAAAAAGAAGCGUCAUGACAAAAGGAUCGGAAGCGAAGGGAGCGUUUGGAGCAGGAUGGCGGGGAGUCCAACGCGAAUGUCUACAGAUGGGGAUGGGAGCCCACCGUCCAGCUCUGGGAACCCAGCUCAGGGACAGUGUUGCGAGGAAGAGGACUCACUGGAUCUAUCUAGUACCUUUGUGUCUCUGGCUUUGUUCAAGGUUGUGGAUUGGCCCCCCAGUGCCUGCAGAGAAAAGGGACUGAGUCAGGAGCCCCAAGGCAGGAGCUUGGGUCCCCAAGAGAAGAUGAGUUAGGAGGAAGGAAGCACUCCAAAAGAAGAGAGCUCCAGGCAGAGUCAUAAGGCAGAGGCAUCUCUAGAAUUGCUGGCAGCUGCCUUACAACAGAGCCAGGAGUGAGCAGAGUUUGGUACCAGCUUUGCCCAAAUUGGUUUCCACCACAAGGCCGUGGUCCUUUUCACCCAGGCCUCGAAGCUCAACCCCCGGGACCACCGGUUAUUUGGAAGUCACUCAUUCUGCCAUGAACGGCCGGGUCAGCCGGUGUGGGCCCUGGCUGAUGCCCAGGUAGCCCGCCCUUUGUAGCCUGGCUGGCCCUGGGGCCUCUUUCACCUGGGCAAAGGCUUGAUGGGACUGCAGCGUUUCGAAGAGGCAGCUGCUGUGCUCCGGGAGACUCUGAGAGGCGGGUCCCAGCCUGACGCAGCCUGGGAGCGCCACUCCUGCCUUCUACAACUUGCUCUGCAGGACCAGCGGGGAGGAAGCCCUGGGCUGCCUCUGUCAACUGGAUUCCCCUAUGCAUUUCCCCAUGUUGAGCUGGGGCCUUCAGGUCUCCAUUCCCUCAGUUGCCCUGGAAGCACUGCUCCGAGGGCCCCUGGCCUUCUGUCUCCACCCUUGCAUUAUCCCCCACAUCACCUGAGCCACUCCAGCUGGUCCCUCCCCCAUACUCGGAGCAGAAGACCCUGUCCUCUCCAUUUCCAGGACUCCUCAAAGGGCUGGGGCAUCCUGGGACUUGGGCCCCAGCACCUACCUCACACCAGAUGAAGGAGGACCUGUCCCUAAUAAGGUAAGGCCAUGUGUGCAUCCCACAGGGAUGAAGGACACUGUAUGGUAGCAGUUCACUGCACAUUUUGAGACCUGUACUCUAAUACCAUGGUUGGGAACAUCCCUGGCAGUCAUGCCUCUUGCCACAGAGACCUUCUGAUGAGAGAAAGGAGCCCUACAUCCACUGAAAUAGGCUUCCUUUGGUUUUAAGCAGAUGGCUUCUUCUGGGAGCAGUAAGGAAAAAUGAAAUCCCCCAAGGCUCAAGAAGGGAUCUGUACCAAAGUUCAGGUUUUCAGACUAUAACAGACCUGGCAGUGGGGGCAUUUGAGGCUUGCCCUGCUUCUUGGCCCUGGGGGACUCACUCACCGGCCAGAUCUCUGUGCUCAGGAUGGGGUCACAGUAAUGAAUAAGGCCCAAGUCUCGCCCUUCAGCUUGACAGAUGCUCACUUCUUCCCAAUCCCAGUUCUUGCCCUGUUUUCUCAAGCCUGAGCUCCUCAUGCCCUGAUGCUCACCUCCUCCCACUGCUAGAAGAUUCACCAAGGGUUUGUAUUUACCAGCUUACCAGCUCCUGCCUGGAGCUGGCAGAGCCCAUACAUCUCCACGUACCUGCACUGCUGGCUCUCCCACUGAUGGGGCCUUAGCAGGAACCCAGGCUUCUGCUACUUUGGUCAUGGUCUUUCUCCACUCCAGCACUGGGCAUUGUAACCAGCCUUUCCCCCAUGUGAAUUUACAUAAUUUUUUCCACCCAGGAUCACUGCCCCUAAAGAAGGCUAAAAUCCUCUACUUUCUGUAUAAGAAUCAUGACCUCCUUCUGGUUUCUCCUCUAAGGUCCUGGCAGCUGCUCCUGGCUGGUUCCUCCCUAGCUCUGCCUGGGACUCUCAGCUCAUUUAAAUAUGGAUCUGCAGGGGACUUUUAGGCCUCCAGAAUGCCUUUCCUAGAGGAACCAU